AUGGACCAAGUGAAUCUCCAGGGCCACGGCCAGCAGAAGAUGCGCCAACAGCCUCAGCAAGCUGCGCCUCGCAAAUACGAUGGCCAGCAGGGCAACCCGCUCUACGAUCCCCAGCAGGGUGGCCACUAUGGCGCGUCUGCAGCCAUCGCCGCGCAAAACCACGCUCCGGAUCCGCAGCUGUUCACCGGUUCCUGGCAGAACGUUAACCAAGGACUCACUGGCAACUACCGCGACAUUCUUAACACGUACUGGCAGCAACAGGUCACGAAGCUCGAGACGGACGAACAUGACUACAAGCUCCACCAGCUUCCGCUUGCUCGGAUCAAGAAGGUCAUGAAGGCUGACCCAGAAGUAAAGAUGAUCUCAGCUGAAGCUCCCAUCCUUUUUGCCAAAGGCUGUGACAUCUUCAUCACCGAGCUCACAAUGCGCGCCUGGAUUCAUGCAGAGGAGAACAAGCGCCGCACCCUUCAGCGCUCCGACAUCGCCUCGGCCCUGUCAAAGUCAGACAUGUUCGACUUUCUCAUAGACAUCGUCCCCCGCGAAGAGGCUCAUCCCCACAAGAGGAGUGCGGGUCAAAAUGCAGCUGUCCAGUCGUCGGCAGCAGUCGUACCUCCCGGCGGAAUGCCUCAGCCGGUGCACGCACAGCAUUCCAUGGCCCCGCCAGACUAUGGUAUGCCUCAGCAUCUAGCACAGCAGGAAGACUACCAGCAACCACCCAUGUACCCAGGCCCAGUGCAAGGCGACCCCAGAGCUUAUGCGCAACAGCCCAUGUUCGACCCCAACGUCUACACUGGCUACCCAAUGGGUCAGCAACCGCAGAUGUACUCCGUUGGCCAACGUGGGCCUGACCCGAAUGCGGGCGACCCACAGGGCUAUGGUCGCUAUGGAGAGGCUGACCCUGACGACGACGCACAGGGCGAGCGGGUUGAUGCUGACAGUUAG